UAUUUCUAAGUUUCUUAUAGAACAUAAUCCUUAAGAUUACGUUAAGAUUUAUCCUUAAAAUAUUACUCCUGGGUUGAAAUUAAGUAGACAUUGUUUAGAUAAUUAUUUUAUUUGGAGAAGUAUGCAGAGUUGCAUUAAAUCAUGUGCCCCAUCUAGAUCUACCAAAAAACAACAAACUUGUACUGGCUUGAUGUAUGAGAAGAAUUAAUUAAAGAGUUGUUAAGGCUCGUUCACCCACACACAUGCACAACCAGUUUUCCAAUGUCUUCAUUAAGCCUGACAGUAUGAUUUUUCCAGAUAUUCAGCAGCAUGAUGAACUCCCUCUCAUUGUAAAACACAACCGAGAAUUCUUAUGCGGAAUUCGAUAUAUAUAUCCAGUGCUGAAAUUUGCUACUUCAUUUCUUGGGCAUGAAUUUUUGCCUGAGCUUUACAAAAUAUGGGAUUUGAGCUGCUUAAAUCAUUUCAAGUGGAAACUAGAAGGUUGCUUUGGCUAAUUGCUUUGGUGUUUGUAACUGUUUUACUGCUCCAACGCAUCGAACUUCCGAAGGGUAAUGCUGGCUUGUGGUCCAUAUUUUCUCGAGGUGAAGUUCCUGAGCAAAAGUCUCGUAGCUUUUUCAACGUGAACUCAACAUCAGAUUCUGUUUCAUUAAGCAAUGUAAGCUCAUCGAGUGCGUUUAAUACAAGUACUGUAUCUCAAGGGAAGAACACCUCUUUGGUGAGAGUUAAUGAAGAUCAAAAAGGCAAUGCUAAUACUGAUACUCUUUCUUUGUUCAACGACUCUGCCUUUCCACCAAUGCAAAAUGAGGAUUUCGUAUUGGACCUAGUGGCACCUGCAGUUGCACCAUCACCGGUAGUUUUAUCACAUGAUGUAGCUUCUAAUAUAAGUAUCGAACUUAACUCCACUUCAGCAACUACUGAUUUGCCACCGGGCCCACCGCCGCCUUUAGUUGAUCAUGUUUCAGCAGAGAAGCCAAGGUCCAAGGUUCUUGAAAAUGAGGUUCUUACGCUGUCAGAUAUGAGUGAGUUGUUGAUCCAAAAUUAUAAAUUACCUCCCACAAUGAUACCACGAUGGCCAUCUAAAGCGGAUGAAGAAUUAGUACUGGCAAAACAAUUGAUCGAGAAUGCACCUCUCUUGAAUGAUGGGCUCUAUGCUCCAUUGUAUCGUAAUGCAAGCAUGUUCAAGAGGAGCUAUGAAUUAAUGGAGCAAAUGCUUAGAGUAUACAUCUACAAGGAAGGAGACAGGCGAAUAUUCCACCGGCCACCACUUGAGGGAAUUUAUGCUUCGGAAGGAUGGUUUAUGAAAUUGAUGGAAGCAAACAAGCAUUUUGUCACCAAACGACCCAAGGAAGCACACCUCUUUUACAUUCCUUUCAGCUCUCGGCAGUUGGAGGAGACUUUGUACGUGCCCAAUUCACAUAGCCACAAAAACCUGAUACAACAUUUAAAGGACUAUGUAGACUUGAUUUCGUCGAAGUAUCCCUUUUGGAACAGAACUGAGGGCUCAGAUCACUUCCUUGUUGCCUGCCAUGAUUGGGCUCCAGCUGAAACAAGACGUUCCAUGGCUAAUUGCAUAAGAGCUUUAUGUAACGCUGACGUCAAAGAACAUUUCCAAUUUGGCAAGGAUGUGUCUCUCCCCGAGACAUUUGUACGGAAAGCACGAAAUCCUCUAAAAGAUAUAGGCGGAAAACCUCCUUCGAAAAGGCAAACCUUGGCUUUCUAUGCUGGAAACAUGCAUGGUUACCUCCGUCCAAUUCUCUUACAACAUUGGGGCAAUAAUCAUGAUCCCGACAUGCAAAUAUUUGGCAAACUGCCUCGUUCCAAGGACAACAAAAACUACAUCAACUACAUGAAAAGCAGCAAGUAUUGUAUCUGUCCUAGAGGAUAUGAAGUCAAUAGUCCACGAGUAGUCGAGGCUAUCUUCUAUGAAUGUGUCCCUGUGAUCAUAUCUGAUAACUUCAUUCCUCCUUUUUUCGAGACUUUAAAUUGGGAGUCCUUUGCUGUGUUUGUGGCCGAAAAGGAUAUCCCAAAUCUGAAGAACAUCCUUCUUUCAAUCCCCGAGAAGACCUUUUUUCGAAUGCAUAUGAGGGUUAAGAAGGUACAGCAGCAUUUCUUGUGGCACCCUAAACCUGUUAAGUAUGAUUUGUUUCAUAUGAUUCUUCAUUCAAUUUGGUAUAACCGUGUUUUUCAAUAUAGACUUCGAUGAAAUUUAUUGUUAGUAGUAUUUAGAGGGAUUGCUAAUUCGUUAUUUGUUGAUUGAUGCAUAAAUGUAUAUAAAUCAUCUUUAGAUUAAAUAAUCCGUACAGUAGGACUGAUAGUGUUUUCAUGCUUAAGUUAGGUUUUCUUUUUCUUUUUUCCGCGGAAAUUUGAUGUUUCCUUGACAAAAUAGCAAACACAAUUUUGGUGA